AUGGAAGUCAGCUCUACCCAAGAGCUCCAUCGAGGUAGGUCGGCUCAUCUCGAGGUCUGCUCUACCGAGGCAGGUCAGCUCAUCCCGAGGUCAGCUCUACCCAUGAGCUUCACCGAGGGAGAUGGAACAAGACUGGGAGAAAAUAAUGUUGCUGAGAACAGUUUUGUUGUUGUCAUGCUAACAACGAAUAAGGGCUCAUCAGGUGAAGGUUCAACAACAUUAACUGGACCUGCCGUGAAGCCGAUGAGUGCCACGCCUCCUACUUCAGCUCCAACAUCAACAGCACCUCAAGCUUCUGCUGCGGCGCCUGCACCUGUACCCGCUCCUGCAUCUGCUCUGGUUUCUCUUCCUGCUCAUGCUCCUCCUGCUACUGCUUCUGACUUAUCGGAUGUCUAUGGCCACGCAGCUUCUAAUUUAGUUGCUAAUAACAACUUCGAGGGCACAAUCCAGCAGAUUCUUGAUAUGGGUGGAGGAACUUGGGACCGAGAUACAGUUGUCCGAGCUCUUCGAGCGGCUUUCAACAACCCUGAGAGAGCUGUUGAGUAUUUAUACUCUGAGUUCACGAGAAAUAGGUUAUACAACUGAGCGCAGCAUUUCAACAACAUUACACUAUUUGAGAAUAAAUCUUCAAUAUGUUAUGAAAGAGGUGGAUGCAGAAAUAUCUGUUAUAUCUUUUCCCCUUGGUGUUUUUCGUAGGGUAGGAGUGAAUGAAGGCUAAGGUGGGAUUAAAUCAUUUACUUGAGAAUAAUUGCUCUUAGAAGUUAUUUAUUUCAUAGUUCAGAGUUGAUGAAUCAAAUAUCAUGUAAUGGCUGUUAGAAAGAAUUAAUUCAAUGAAUCAACGUAACACAAAUUUCAAUUUUACUAUCAAAUUGAAAAUAAUGAUUCAAUGAUUGAAAUAAUUUGUUGACAAUAAAAUUUUCAACUAUAUGAAAUGGGUCAAACUCAAAUUAAAUGGACUGUCUGAGAUAGUUAAGUUACUCUUACAGGCUUUAAAUAACUAGUU